AGGAAGAAUCCAGGAGGGACUUGUCAAAUCCUCCGUCAUCGAACAACGAACUGGCGAAGUCCUCGUCGGAAUGUCGGAUGAUGCAGUGCACGAGCCACAAACCAAAUCAAGCAGAGCAAGCAACCAAGCCGUGAACGAACAACCAAGCAACAUUAGGUGGUGUAACUAAAAAUGGGCACUGUUCAUGGCGUUUACCUCAAGUAUGUUGGUCUCUCGGCUCUCUCUUACGCCGGGUAUUCGUAUCUGUUGGGGGGAGAUGAAGCCGCCGCUACGAGUGACCAACCGUUGCAAACCUUUAUGCGAAACAACCAGUUGUGGCGAGUAUUGCCGGUCCUUUUCCUGGGCUAUUCGACACUGCUGAAUGGGCUAAUAGCAGUGUUGUUCAAGCUAGAAGCAGGGAUGGCGCUCCUUGGGAAAGAUCCCAAGAGAGGCACUAUACCCUUGUGGAGUUAUAUUCUGUAUGCUCCCUUUCAUUUGCCGACCUAUCUCUACACCCACAUUCACACGCUCCAUGGGACGUACACAGUGCCAGGCAAAGACGGAGAAAAGCCGCGCAAAGAGCAUGUUCCUGUGGCAAGCAAAGUCCAGCCUGGUUGGUACGUUGGCGGAUGCUAUGCCCAUCAAUUGAACAAAGAGUGGGCUUCCGUCAUUGAUUUGACUGUGGAAUUCCCCGAAUCUUGCAUCAACACCACCAAAACAUACAUGUCCAAACCAACCUGGGAUGGAGUUCCUGCUACUCCUGAACAGCUAGAGGAAGCUGCCAUCUUUGCUGUGACUGCACAGCAGAAGCAUGGGGGGGAUGUCUUGGUACACUGUGCCCACGGACGCGGACGAAGUACCACGGUCAUGUGUGCCUGCCUCGUCAAAGCAGGAUUGUUCAAAACAUGGGAGGAAGCCUUUGAAAAGGGAAUCAAACCAGGAAGACCCGUCUGCAAAUUGAACACCAGAAUGCAACAAAAUCUCACUGCUUGGCAGGCAAAAUAUGUCGACAAACAACGCGUGGAAGACAAGAAAGAACAGUGACCCGAGGAUUUGACGAUCGAAACCGUGUCGUCAUUCUCAAAAUCAAAAUACAAAUUCGUGUGCACGUCGAUUGUACGUCAUCGCAGGCUGCUAAAUGUUUGGAAGAAACAUCAGCAGCAAGACGUGGAAAUGGCAGCAUACCAGUAGUUACAGUAUUGACAAAACAGACAUUCAAUAGAGAAGAAAGAAAGCAAGCACUACUUGUGGACUGGAAAGAAAAAGAUGGGACAUGCCUACCGCACGAUGAUCAAUUUGUAAAUACAGGAAAUUAAACAGGUCUGAGCUUUUUGGUGAUCGUGAUAGC